CAUUUUCUCCCCCACAGACAAAAAGGAGGAAGAAGAAGAAGAUUCAUUUCCAUUUUUGUUCGGUCAAAUAAUCUCUCUCUCAAAUCCUCACGCCGCGCAUUCAUUUCGUUCCCUCCAUAAAAUCACAAUCCAACCUUCCGUUACAAGUUUGAUUCCCUUUUUCGGAUUCACAUGUUUGAAUUUUUUCAUUAAAUUAAUAAAAAAAAAAAACAAUUCCCCAGAAGGAGCAUUGAUUGAUUUUGCUGGAGGAGGAGGAGCAAAUAUCUGAAGAUAUGCUAGUUAUUAUUGAUGGUGUCUGAGAGGUGUUGUGUGAAGCCGAGUUCUAAUACGGAUAUGAAGGGGGGAGACGUGUUGGCAGUUCACCGGGGAGAUGGGAAUACGGAUGAUCUUUUGAGAUACCCCAAGAAGACGGAUGUGGAAGAUGAAUGUAAAAGUGAGGUCUUUAGGGAUGGAGAUGACCACAAUCCUUUGGACAUGAUUCAUCAAGUUGAAGAAGAAGUGGGUACCCUGAGGAGGGAUGAAAAUGGUCAAGGACAGCUUGUGGUGGAAAGAGAAACGAGACAUGAGUCUCCUAAGCAGUGGUUAAAUAGGGAUGAAGAACAAGCGGGGGUGUUGGAGAGAGAUAAUGAAGAGUCGGCUUCAGGUUCACCUGAGAGGGACGACGACGAACCAAAUACUGUUGAUAGAGAGAUUAAAGAACUUGAUACACAUGUGGCAAUUGGUCAUCUGGAGGUGGAUGGAACUGAAGAAGAUACAGGGAGGGAUGAGAACAGGGUGUUGGGAAAGGACGGUGAAGAUAAUCCGAGUCCGAUGCUGAUGGCAAAGGAUGAUGAACCGCAGAGUCUAAGAUCUGAGACACAAACUGAUGUCACAGUUGUUACAGGAGAGCAAGACUCUCCCUCAUGUGCUUCUUCGGAUGCAGUUAAAGCAGCUGGAGAGACGAUUCAAAACGUAUACUUUAAUGGACCGGUCUUACCACAGUCGCCUUCACUAGGACAUAAGCACUCCCAAAGUGAGAUGGAGACUCCAGGACACAGGCGCACGAACAGUUUCCAGAGACUAAAAACUCAGAUGCAUAAGGCUUGGCGUGGGGUCAGCAAUCUACGGGAGGAUAAUCGGCCCACUUUCAAUCCUGAGGUCUUAGCAAAUCAAAAAAGACAGUGGUACCAGCUCCACUCUUCAAAAGCUCUGGACCAAACAAAAUAUAAGGAGCCGACCGCACUAUUUGAACAUUUUAUCAUUGUGGGGCUUCAUCCGGAAACUGAGUUGAAGCCAGUUGAGGAGGCCUUCCGUAGAAGGAAGAAAUGGGAGAUGGAGAUGUCAAGGUAUGAAGUGGCUGACUACAGAAUACUCCGCCACCGUGGGCCUCAAUUUCCAAUACUGGAGCCACAGAUACUUUUUAAAUACCCUCCUGGGAAGAAGGUGGCAAUGCGUCCAAAAGAUCUAGCUACUUUCUGUUUUCCUGGUGGUGUCAAGGCACGACUUUUGGAGAGGACCCCAUCUCUCAGUGAUCUAAAUGAGCUUGUGUAUGGACAGGAACAUUUAGGCAAAGAUGAUUCAUCCUUCAUAUUUUCAUUCAAGGUAGCAGAUGAUGCGACAUUAUAUGGUGUUUGUUUACAUGUCUCGGAGAUUGUUCAAAGACCUCCUGGUGUUUUAAGCACUGCGUCUCCCUUGCAUUCAUCUGGAGGAGGCAGUCGGUUUUUGGUUUCUGCACCUCGAUGCUAUUGCUUGCUGACCAGAGUUCCUUUUUUUGAGCUACACUUUGAGAUGUUAAACAGUAUGAUCGCACAAGAGCGCCUAAAACGGAUAACAGAUUUUGUUAGUGAGAUGUCUCUCGCUGCUGCAUGCCAUAGUCCAUCAGUUUCCAGAAUGAAUGGCUGUGUUUCUUCACCUCGUAGCAACCCUGAUAAUUGGAUGGCUUCUGCAAUACCUGUGGAUGGUGUCAUGGCACUCACGGCCGCUGCUGCUGGAUUGAUAUCUGAUAGUGACAUUGCGAACUUUGCAGAACCGCAAUCUCCAGAUAGUGUCGUCACCAGUGAUACUUCAGAUGUAAGUCAUAUCAAGGAAAUAGAAAGAGAUGGGAGAAAAGUUUUUCAUUGCUACGAUGAUAGUUCUUCUGAAGUAUCAGAGAACCACUUGGAUACCCCCGAAAGAAGGUUUCAAAGCUUUGAGAACGGCCACGUUUCUCCGGAGAUUACAUGUACCGAUCCUAGGACCCAACCGUUAGAGCAUAUUGAAAGCUGUGACUCCUUGUUUAGUUCAGCUAGAAGUGUGUUGUCAGAUGAGGUUGAUGAUAUAUCGAACAGCGAAAAUGAUUUCGGAGAUGAUUUAAUUCUGGAAUGGGCUAAGGAACAUAACAAUGAUGCGUUACAACUAAUCUGCGGCUACCAUUCAUUGGCAAUUCCUUCCCGUGGAAGUGAAGUAGUUUUCCAGCCGCUGGAACAUUUACAAUCCAUCGAGUAUACACGGCCACCUGUUUCAGCUCUUGGAUUGUCAGAAGAAUGCAUUUGCUCUUCUGAUUCUUCCGGGAUAAAUGCGAGGUUGGCAGCUGCUGAGGAGGCCAUGGGUCUAUCAAUGUGGACAACGGCAACAGUUUGCCGUAUUCUCUCUCUUGAAACUAUUUUGUCACUCCUUUCUGGAGUUUUAUUAGAGAAGCAAAUUGUGGUAAUCUGCCCAAAUCUGGGUGUUUUGUCAGCUAUAGUACUGUCUCUCGUCCCAAUGAUUCGGCCGUUUCAGUGGCAGAGUUUACUGCUUCCGGUUCUGCCUGGAAGGAUGUCUGAUUUCCUCGAGGCACCCGUUCCGUUCCUCGUCGGAAUACACAGUAAACCUACAGAUUGGAAAGUCAAGACGUCUAAUCUUGUUCUAGUUAACAUCCUCGGCAAUCAGGUGAAAGUAUGUAACAUGCCAACAUUGCCUCAGCGUAGAGAACUUAUGGCUCAGUUGACUCCAAUCCAUGCCACAUUGGCUCACUAUAGCUCGACUGCUAGAAAACACCCGGUUUAUAAAUGCAGUGAAUUACAAGCAGAAGCUGCGACUAAAUUCUUGAGAGUAAUGAGAGAUUACAUGGAGUCUCUUUGCUCAGACUUACACUCUCACACCAUAACAAGUGUUCAAUCCAAUAGCGACAGGGUUUCGCUACUUCUAAAGGACAGUUUUAUCGAUUCAUUUCCUGGUAGAGACCGACCCUUCAUUAAGUUAUUAGUAGACACACAACUGUUUAGCGUUCUAUCAGACUCACGGCUAUCGAGCUUUGAGAACGAGCGUCUCUAAAGCUCAUUUUGCCAUCAACAUUAUACAAAACACAAACUGAAGAAACCAACCAAAGUCAAAUUCAUACGAAGAGGCAAAAGAGGGUACCUUUAACUACCCUUUACACUCGCAAGACUUCACAGGUGCUUGUGUCUCUGGAUCUCUGAUACUUUUUAAUAUCAUUAACAAACUAAACUUGCUUGAUUAAGCUUGCUUCCUGCUCUUUGUAAAUUAAUCACCGCUCAAUAGGAGCUUUUGUUUGUUGAAGUUGUACAGAACACUUGAAAACCCUUUUUACUUAUUUCAAGUGCCUGAUUUUGAUGUUUCAGAACAAUUCUCACUAGAGAAAAAUAUUGUGCCUU